UCCAAUUUCUGGCCUUGAAUGUAACCGAUUACGAGGAGCACUUGAAGGCAGCAUUCCUCUCCAGGUGUAACUCAUCUUCUGCCUCCAACAAUAGAACUGACAGUCAUAGACAAGACAUAUGGGCACAUGAUGGGCAGGGCCAAAUCAAGUGUGCUUUUCGGUUGGGGAUUAUACAGGAGGUAAGAUCAGAGCAUGACCUCUGGGUGCAUGGCAGCAAACAGGCAGGUAAUUGGAAUCCGAGAUGUCUCAAGAAGAAGAAGUUGUCGAGGAGAUUGAGGAAGGCAAAUAUGGAUGUCAAAGUUGAGGUUGAAGUGGAAAAACCUGCACCUCAAGUUGAAGAACCUCCUACGGCAGAAGAGCCUGCAGAAGAAGAUGACUCCAAACCCAAACCAAAGGCAUUUGUUCCGGUUAUAGCUGUGCCGAAGAUACCCGAUGGGGACAAAGUUGACUUUGAUGAUAUCCACAGGAAGCGUCAGGAGAAGGAUCUGACCGAGCUCACGUCUCUGAUCGAGGCCCACUUCAUUCAGAGGAAGAAGGACGAGGAGGAGCUCAUUGCUCUUGUUAACAGGAUUGAGAAGCGUCGCACUGAGAGGGCUGAACAGCAGAGGAUCCGUUCUGAGCAGGAGAAGGAGAGGCAGGCUCGUGUUGUUGAAGAAAAGGAGAGGAAGGAGAUGGAGGAGGCACGUAAGAAGCAGGAUGAUGAUGCCAAGAAGAAGAAGGCUCUGACAAACAUCACUCAGCAGUAUGGUGGUGUCCAACAGAGGCAAGAAGGAAAGAAGGGAGCCAAGAAGCAGACUGAGAGAGAGAAGAAAAAGAAGAUCCUGGCUGACAGAAGGAAGCCUCUCAACAUCGACCAUCUCCCUGAGGACAAAGUGAAGGAGAAGUCCAAUGAGUUGUGGCAGUGGCUGAUGACGCUGGAGGCUGAGAAGUUUGACCUCACCGAGAAACUGAAGAGACAGAAAUAUGAGUGUGUUGAAGGGCCUAAAACCGAUCCUCGGACAUGGCAGCAGGAACAAAGCUGGGUGACUACAAUGCAAACAGAAGUGCCAAAGGAAGAGGCAAGGCCAAGGGCAGGGUGAGAUAAAUGUAAACAUCAGCAACAGUUCUCCAAGGAAGCAUCUGAAAAUGAGCAGCAGUAUUUACGUCCGUGACAUUGUGCGCUUAAACAAUGAUUAAAAAAAAGUCUUGCUUUUAAGCUCAGCAUUGCUUGUUUGCGUGGUUCAAGUUUAAAACUAGUGGAUAUGUUUCUCUUAAUUUCUACCAAUCCCAUCAGUUUAAAAGCAAAUAAAUCCAGGUCAUUCAACUGGCAAUAAAAUACCUAAAUUUAUUCUUCUGGGAACCAUACACAAAAAAAACAACAGUGCACCAUAAAUUUUACAUGUAGGCAGCGAUAUGUAUAUAAUAGUACGAUUUACUGCAGCAAUCUGAAACAUUAUCCACACAAUUACACAGGUAUUCUGAUAGCAAUAUAGUGCCAGGGUGAUGGACUUUCUAUACAGUACAGUGUGGUGACAACAGUGCAAAAAAAGUUGGAGUAUGUACACAAGAGGACUAACAUUUGCUGCAACUAGUGUAUUUGAAUUCUAAUCCCUGCUGUAUUGUUACACUAUGACUUCUAUGGUUCCAGACACAUCACAGAUACUCCUAACUAGAGUCCAAACACGAUGUAAUGAUUUGUGGAGCUGCCAAAAUGACUUCAAAACAUUUUUCAUUUUCAUACUGGUUAACCACAGUCUGUUAAAAAUGAAAAGUACGUUGCCUUUGGCUGCACAAAAUCUUAUUUUUAACAUUAGCUAGAAGAAGUAGUGCAUUUUCAUGUAUUCCAGGCAACACCACAUUUUAAAUAAACAAUUACCUACUUUGAGCAGGGAUCAGGACAGUGCAUUUCCAUGGUUACAAAUCUAAACUUAUUGUUCAGACAUGAUGAGUGCAUAAAGCGUCAGUCCUUUCAGCAUGAGGAGAUAGCGGAUCAGGUUCAGCUCCCUUUGUUGACUUUUCACCACAUAUGUGUUUCCCUGAUCUCAGCAAUCACCUGGCUAGCUUUUUGCAACGCCUGUGGACAAAAUAAACAAUGAAAUGGCUGAUAAAGGAACCUCAAUUCAUCAUGGAGAGCUAGACCCCACAAGGUGGGAGUUUGUUACCUGUAGCAUGUCUGCGGCCUCCUUGCGCCGCUGGGCCAUGUCCUCUGAUUCAGUCAGCAGAUCGUUGAGGAGGCCAGAUUUAUACAGCUGGCCAACAAGCUCGCUCUGGAGGCUGUCCUUCACAUGGUUGACCAGGAAGUGCAUCACUGCCUUCGGCACACUGCGAGGGAGAGAGGAAACUGAGCAAACAGAUGGUUGAGAACAAGAAGGCAAGAUGGCCUGGUGAUGGAGGGGGUCAAGUUUGACCCAGCAGGUGGUUGAGCUGUCGAAGUACGAGCUAUUACUUAAAUACAAUACAUUUCUCCCUAUUGGGCUCUAGAGGGACCUACACUCCAACAAUGUGGCAAAAAAAAAAUCUAAUUGGUAUUUUAUAUUUCUUAUUGUAAAUAAAUCCAUUAAAAUCUCAACAACAA